CUCUUAUCAUCGCGAGACUUUCUUCGAGUCCUCUCCUCUGCAUGAAUCCAGCUGGUAGCCUGCCUGCCGUGGACGGUUCUGUUGCAGUUGAGGUGAGAGCCAUCAGUCAUCAUGGGGAAUCUCUUUGGCAACCUGUUGAAGAGCCUGAUAGGCAAGAAGGAGAUGCGGAUUCUCAUGGUGGGGCUGGACGCUGCUGGAAAAACCACCAUCCUUUACAAGCUGAAGCUGGGGGAGAUUGUUACCACCAUCCCCACAAUCGGUUUCAAUGUAGAGACGGUGGAGUACAAGAACAUCAGCUUCACCGUGUGGGAUGUGGGUGGCCAGGACAAGAUCCGUCCCCUGUGGAGACACUACUUCCAGAACACCCAGGGUUUGAUCUUUGUGGUGGACAGCAAUGACCGUGAGCGUGUAAACGAAGCUCGGGAGGAACUGAUGAGGAUGCUGGCUGAGGACGAGCUGCGGGAUGCUGUUCUUCUUGUCUUUGCCAACAAACAGGACCUGCCUAAUGCAAUGAAUGCUGCAGAGAUCACAGAUAAGCUGGGUCUACACUCCCUACGCCAUCGCAACUGGUACAUCCAGGCCACCUGCGCCACCAGUGGAGACGGUCUGUACGAGGGCCUGGACUGGCUGGCCAAUCAGCUGAAAAACAAAAAGUGAGGUAUCAGGUCAGUGGAGUGGGGAAGAGCCUGGGUGCCAUUCCCAGGUUAGGGAUUAAGUGGAUCCAUUGAGUUUACAUGGAGAGGCUGUGCUGAAAAGCCCACAGGGGGGAGACUCUCAAUGACUUUCUACCCCCAAAAUACUCGUUUCACUUCUUUUAUUAUACUUAAUUUAAAUUGUUUGGAUCUGGAGUGAGCAUUUACUUAAGGAUAACAAACCGAUGGUGUUGACCUAAAUGACUUACAUGCUGAAUACGUACAUUUGUUAUUGUAAAAGCAUAUACAUUCCCCUACUCUGCAGACUCUUUGACCUCCAUCACGUUUGAACUUUUUCUGAAUAAUGACGAUAUAGACUCAUAAAGCACCCAUCUGAUACACUAAACCUAUGUAAAUUAUAAAGAAUGUCAUAACAGUAUAAGUGGAACUACUACUAUUACUACUAUCUCAGAAUAAUAUAACGUUGUUUAAAACAUCUUACUCAGACAGGCUCUAAUAAAUGUAAAAUUGUCUUUUUGUCCAUACUUCUGUUUUGCCACAAACCUAUGCGCUUCAGAGCUCAUUUUGUGCUGUAAAAUAAUUAUAUGCAAAUAUAUUUAUUCUUUUUAUUUAUUUUAUUCGAAACAACACUUGAUGAUGACAAACUGGAAAUUCUUAAACUAUUUAUACUUUUGUUGACAUGUGUUUAUUUAUUUAUUCCUACAUUUGUUUUGAUUUUCUUAGUGCAUGGUGUGGUUUCUCUCCCUUUAUUGCAAUAUGCAUUUACUGCUAAGGCAGCUAGUGAAAAAAGAAGCCCUGGUAUCACUGUAUGUUACUUCCCAGUCUGCAUGGAGAUGGAGAAGACCCCAGUACUGGUUUGUGGGCUUGUGAAAGCUGUGAACUACUGCAGGCCGCUGCUGUAAAUACAGAUUUACUUUGAGUUGACGUGCCUGGCUAAAUAAGGGUUAAACAAUUUGUCUGGCGUCAGCGAGGUGUGAUAGCUGAACUGAUACAGAUGACAGAACAGGCACAUCGUACCAGCUCUGUGUCUUAGGGAGAAAAAACACUGCUAUUGGCCUGUUGAGAGUGAUGCAGCAGAGCAUGUGAUUAGCAAUAUCAGACAGCUUACAUUGUUUACGAAUGUUUAUUUGUUAAAUCAGUUUGUGCGAGCAGCUGCAAUAUAUCCGUCAACAUAACUCAUGUUGCUUGUCAUCCUGAUUUAUUCAUAGCUGAUUGGCGUGAAAUGUUGUGUUUCUAGUGUUUCUGUGUAUUAUGUUGCAUAAAAUAUCUCUAGAUGCAUUAUUGUUGUACAAAAUGUAAUGUCUGUUUGAAUGGAGUAUUCAUUUAUUUUGAACCAAAAGGCAAGUGUUGAUUUUGCAGUUUUCACAAACCCCAUGAUUUGAAAACAUAUGAGAGAGGAUAAUCGUAAUACUGCAUCAUAAGGCAUAUUAAUACUGUACAAGAUCUGUAAUAAAAGUGAAUUAUAAUAGCCUAUUUCCUCAGACUAUAUUUGUCUUAAUUAAUGCUGCUGGUUGGAACAAUGCUGUUCUGAUAAAUGUUAUGGAUUUAGUGUAAAGUUUAUCAAACAAACUUCUAAUAUGCAAAAGCAUGGUUUUCUAUGUCAGCGAGACUGUAUAUAGGUUUAUGUAACAAGAAGAGUAAACCAUGGCAUUUGCGGUCAAAUUGAAAGUGUUGUUGAUACACAUAGACUCGGGGUCAGUGUGUUGGCAGAUAUGUAUAACUGACAGCAGCUUGCGUGUGUGAUGUGCAUUACGUUCAGUUUGGUGUGAAAAUUGUUUUUGUGGCCUUAUAAUGCCAGUGUUUUUAUUUUCUCUUUGAUAACCGGUUUGUAUGUCAGAAUUUGAUAUUUGAAUGAUUUCUGGCACUAUGUGGAUCAAUCAAUAAAAAUAUGAAACACA